AUGAGUUGUUCUAAAGUAGUAGGGUCUGAUAUCAAAAGAGCAGGAGAAGUAAUUGACAAGGCUUUUGCAACCACGAAAUUUCAGGAUUUUUUGGUAAAAUAUUGCAAAAAUAUUCCUUUGCAUGAGAAACUACAAGAGACUGAUUUUGAAAAUGUUUUAGGAGAAAGAAUCGAAGCAUUCCAUAAAGUCGGGGCUGAUAUAGUAGAAGCAGAUGACUUCGUUGCAGUGGCAGCAUGGUUCAAGCCUGGUUUAAACCCACCUCUAGGAGGAAUAUCCCAAAAAUUUUUCACUGAGUAUAAUCAGAAGCUAGCAGCAUUAGAGCAAAAACACGGAAUGGAGAAUAGAGAAGACUGGCAUUUAAUGUUAAUUGGAAGAGAUCCAACUCAACUAAAGAAGGGAUCAAUACGUAAAUUGUUUGAACCAUACUUGGAAAAAGCUAGAGAAGAAAAAGUUGGUGCUUCGUUAGAAGCAAUCUCGGAACACGCAGUGAAAGUCUACGAACAUUUUGGCUUUAGGGUUGUCGAUAAGUUUCAUAUGGGUGAAGGUCAAAUUGGUGCUGAUGGAAAGCCAAAUCCAAAUGGUGAAGGUUUAAGUCUAUACUUCAUGGUAUAUGAAUAG